AUGAUCUCGCCAAACCCACAAGGUGCGGUUGAGGAUCCCACCAACCUCCUGCAUCGCCUCCGGCGGUUUAUGCGGACACUUUCUCCGGUUCCUCCCAGGUCCUCCGCCUCUCCGUCUUAUCUCGAGAAGGACUUGGCAACGUGCUCUCACGUCUACCUUCGAUGUGAUCGAGUCCGCCGGCAUCUGGAACCGCCCUAUGAUGGCCCAUUUCGGGUGCACUCUCGCGGACCGAAGACUUUCCGCAUUCAGCGCGACAAUCGUAAAGAGGUCGUGAGUGUGGACCGCCUCAAGGCUGCCGUCCCUGACACUCCUCCGGAUGAGCCCUGUAGUCCUCAACCUUCUGCUUCCCCCCACGGAGCCUCUAUUCCACCGUCCCGUAUUUUCCCUCUGCCCUCCUGUCCGCCAUCUCCGACUGCCACCACUAACUCCAACACAUCCGCCACCAGAUUUAUUCACUCUUCUACGGACCCUGUAUAUAUCACUCGUAGUGGUCGUCAUGUACACUUUCCUGAUCGGUUGGUCACGCAUUUCUUUUAG